GACUGGAAAGUGACAGGUAGUUCCAGAGCUUUCAGCUGGCUAAGUGUUGAUUUCUGAGUCUCACUUUGCAGGGGUACGAGAAGUUCUUGUGCAGUGUACAGAGCUCCCCCCGGCACUUUCAGGUUUCCAAACUCCAGUGCCUGCCCCUUGGCAGCUCAACCCUUGAGCUGGAUGUGAGCAAGAGUGGGUCGACGCAAAAGCAGCCUGAUAGCCACUGAUAGCCUUCGUUUGGACGUGUCAGUUUGAGGCCGUUAUAAAGAGCCAGUGUGUUGCUUGAAUCAUGAUCGGAUUCGUUCAUCUCAGCUAGAGGAGCUCUGAAACAUGGUCCAUUUGCGGCAAUAGAAGUGAUGAAAAAAAUCAGCAAACAGAAACUUGAUGUUUGUCAUGCUCAAGCCAAUGCUAGCUGAAGUCUGACUCGCGAAUUAAAGCCUCUUUCGUCUCUGUCAAGAAUCUCUGGACAGUCAUGGCAGCUAUCACCUUGCCAGUUUGCUCACGAUGCGAGCGCAGUGGACACGUGGCCGCGAACUGUCCCAAAUCCUUUUUCAAAGUCUGUGCCUACUGCAAAGAGGUGGGUCAUGUGGCGAAGUCGUGCCCAAAGGCUCUGGCAAAAGACGUGGCAGCCCUUGAUGAUUCCAGCAGCACGAUCUCAACCAGCUCCCGAAGCACUGCUGCGACUUCGGCGAUCUCUAGAGCAGCAAAGGUUGCAGGGCCAAAGGAAGACGUGAAGAUCAGCGGGCUAAAAAGAGACAAGGGAGGUCGCAGCCGGAAGGAAGCUGCACAACCUGAGAAGCUUUUGUUGCUGGAUCCCAGAUCCCAGUCUUUGAGUGAAGUGGAGGAGUUAGAAGCUCGAAAACUCGAAAAGAAAUUGCGUGAAAUCGCAGCUCUGGAAGAGAAGCGCGAUGCUGGAGCGCGGCUGGAUGUUCUCCAGAUCAAGAAACUGGAGUCCAGGGCAGAGCUGGAGGAUCGCAGUGUGAUGCGCAAGGUUCGCUUGGGAUAUGCCCGUCUUCGACUGGAAAGUGACAGGUAGUUCCAGAGCUUUCAGCUGGCUAAGCGUUGAUUUCUGAGUCUCACUUUGCAGGGGUACGAGAAGUUCUUGUGCAGUGUACAGAGCUCCCCCCGGCACUUUCAGGUUUCCAAACUCCAGUGCCUGCCCCUUGGCAGCUCAACCCUUGAGCUGGAUGUGAGCAAGAGUGGGUCGACGCAAAAGCAGCCUGAUAGCCACUGAUAGCCUUCGUUUGGACGUGUCAG